AAUCUCUCUUCUCCAACAAGGAGUAUAUAUUUUUUUAAAAAUGAAUAAACUGGUUAUUAUCAUCAGUUCCCAAGAAAAAUUCAACAAGAUAAGAAGACAAAACUGGUACUCUGAAAUCUGGUGUAGAAAAGAGUGACCUCAAAUAAAUAAAGCAUAAAAAAACGCUUGAUCAAGAUGUUUAUUGGAAAGAGUAUAUUUAGAAAAAUUGAUAAGCGUUAUUUAUCAUCAAAAGCAUCAUUAAUAAAGCCAAAAAUAACACCAAGAAUUGAAAAUUUUAGAAAUAAAUUAAAAUUAGAUAAUACAAAAAUAUUAACAGAUAGUUUUGGUAGACAUCAUACAUAUUUAAGAAUAUCAUUAACUGAAAAAUGUAAUUUACGUUGUGUUUAUUGUAUGCCAGCUGAAGGUGUUAAAUUAACUAAAAAUGAUGAAAUAUUAACAAUUGAUGAAAUAUUAAGAAUAUCAAAAUUAUUUGUUAAAAAUGGAGUUAAAAAAAUACGUUUAACUGGUGGUGAGCCAACAGUUAGACGUGAUAUUAUACAAAUAAUAAAAGAGCUCAAAAAUAUAAAAGGUUUAGAUAGUGUUGGUAUAACAACAAAUGGAUUAACAUUAACAAGACAAUUACCAUCAUUGAUAAAUGCUGGUAUUGAUGGAUUAAAUAUAUCACUUGAUACAUUAAAAAAAGAACGUUUUGAUGUAUUAACAAGAAGACAAGGAUGGAAUCGUGUUAUGUCAUCAAUUGAUCUUGCAAUACAACUUAAAUUUUCACCAAUUAAAAUUAAUUGUGUUGUUAUGAAAAAUUUUAAUGACGAUGAAAUUAUUGAUUUUGUUGAUUUUACUAGAAAUCAUCCAGUUGACGUACGUUUUAUUGAGUACAUGCCAUUUUUUGGUAAUAAUUGGGAAAAAUAUAAAAUGCUAUCAUUCAAUGAAAUGAAAAAUAUUAUUCGAAAUAAAUAUCCAAAUUUUUGUUCAAUUAAAAAUGAUGAUAAUUCAACGUCAAAGGGUUAUUGUGUGCCUGGUUUUGAGGGUACGGUUGGAUUUAUAACGUCAAUGAGUGAACAUUUUUGUUAUUCUUGCAAUAGAUUGAGAAUAACUGCUGAUGGUAAUUUAAAAGUUUGUUUGUUUGAGGGUAAAAGUGAAAUAUCAUUGAAAAAUUACAUGAGAAAUGGAGCAAGUGAUGAAGAACUUGAAGAAAUUAUUAAUAUUGCUGUUUUAAAAAAGAAAAAAAAACAUGCUGGAAUGUCAAAUUUAAAAGAAAUGGAAAAUAGACCAAUGAUAUUAAUUGGUGGAUAAAAAUACUUCUAUUAAUUUUUUUUUCAGGUGAUUUAUCAACAUCAACAUUUAGCUCUAAAAAUAAAAUAAUAUUUACACAUAAAAGUUUAAAUCAUGGAGGUUUAAAUAUGAUAUCAAGAUCAUACUCAAAAUUAUCGCAUGUUGAUGAAAAUGGAAAAGCAAAUAUGGUUGAUGUUAGUAAAAAAGAAUCAACUGAAAGAUGUGCAAUAGCAAUGGGAAUUAUUGAAAUUGGAUCAACUGUUAGUCAGUUAAUUAUUGAUAAUAAUAUGAAAAAAGGAGAUGUGUUACUUGUUGCUAAAAUUGCUGGUAUAAAUAGUGCUAAAAAAACAUUUGAUUUAAUACCAUUGUGUCAUCAAGUUGCAUUAACAAAUAUUGAUGUUAAUUUAAAAUUAGAUCCAAUUAAAAAUAUUGUUAUAAUUUAUUCAAAAGUUAAAUGUUUUGGUAAUACUGGUGUUGAAAUGGAGGCAUUAACUGCUGUUAGUGUUGCUGCAUUGACUGUUUAUGAUAUGUGUAAAGCUGCUGCUUCACCAGAUCAAUUGAAAAUUAAAUGUAUUAAGUUGAUUGAAAAAACUGGUGGUAAAAGUGGUGAUUAUAUAAGACAGCAUUCCAAUGUUAUUAAUUAAAUAAAAAAGUACUUUAUGAUGAUGAUUCUUAUUUAUCUUUUGAUAUUAUUUCAAGAUGAUCACAAAAAUAAUCAAGCUAUAUUGAUUCGGUAUUUUUGUUUUAUAAUAAAAAAUAAAAAAAUUACAUUGUUGGCAAAAAUUGUUGUUAACUGUAAAUAUAAACAUUAAUAAACUUUUAGUUUUUUAAAUAUAUUAAAUGUAGACACGGAAUUUUUUUUUUUUUAUGUAAUGACUAAUGAGUAUUAUUAUUUUUGAUAAAUAAAUUCAUGAUUUUAGCAUUA